AUGGCAGACCCUGCUGUCCAAUCCGAGGGAGGAAGCGGCGGGAUUGUGAUUACCGAUGAGUGGACAGGCUACAGUUUAGACCUGUUCAGCUAUCCGGCUCACUACUCCGGAGAUCUGGACUGUGUCAUCAUUCCGCAUGGCGUCAUUAUGGACAGGACCGAACGUCUGGCCCGAAACAUCAUGGAUGACCUCGGGGACCAUGACAUCGUGGUGCUGUGUGUGCUGAAAGGAGGGUAUCAGUUCUGUGCAGACCUGGUGGACAGGAUCAAGGCUCUGAGCCGGAACUCCAACCGAACAAUCCCCAUGAGGGUUCACUUCAUCCGCCUGAAGAGCUACCUGAAUGACCAGUCAACAGAGGAUCUUCACAUACUUGGAGCAGAGGAUUUGUCUUUUUUAGCUGGAAAGAACGUACUUAUUGUCGAGGCCAUCGUAGGCACCGGAAAAACAAUGAAUGCUCUCCUGAAGCAUGUUGAAGCCUUCAGGCCCAAAAUGAUCAAAGUAGCAGGAUUGUUGGUGAAGCGAGUGCCACAGAAUUCAGCAUGUCUUCCUGACUAUGUCGGCUUUGAGAUACCCAAUCGCUUUGUGGUUGGGUAUGCCUUGGACUACAAUGAGUACUUUAGAGAUCUCAAUCAUAUCUGUGUGAUCAGUGAAAGUGGGAAGAUGAAAUACAAGAUUUAAAAAGAAAAAAAAAAGGGAUCUCUAAAGAGACGACUGUCACACAGAUGUCAUCUCGCAGCAGGCCUGAACAUUUUCCCGGAGAUGCCGAUCACUUACAGCUGCCAUCUUGUGACAUUUGAUCUCAGUCACCCAUGUUUUAUUUGAACAUUCCUUCAGUGAGAUGUUUAUCUGUUUUUAAACAAUAGGGACUGACAUUUAUGCUAGUACAUGUCUUGUUUUCAUGUUGAAACCUUAUUCUCCAAGAUGUUUACAUAACUGAUUCGCAUAGAAAGUGUUGCAUUUCAAGGCACUACUACUGUUUGCUUGUUGUUAGUUUAUCAUAUAUGAAUGCUAUGUAAAUAACUUCAUAAUCAUGGCCUGUAUACAUGUGUAGGCUUCAGUGUGGUGAGAUAACUAAACAAAUAUAUUUCUUUUUGGAAAUUUGGCUUAGGAUUUAACAUUUUCUUCACCUUUUCAGUGCUCAUUAUGUAGGUCUCCUGCUGCCAUCUUUACUGCUCAGGGGCAAACAGUUUCAUAAACACUAAAUGCACUAACAAACCUACCUCUUUUUGUAGUAUUUUUAGAUGUAGUAACAUACUUUGAUCAUUUCUGCAUUUUCUACACGUUCUAAUUUCUAUAUUUUAAGAGAUCAGUAAAGUAUUUCAAAAUAAA